AAUGAAAAUUUUCAAUCAGCUUUGGAUCUACCGAAGGUUCCUACUGAUUCUCUUCACUCCACUGCUUUUACUUCCACUACCACUCAUCAUUCGAACCAAAGAAGCAGAAUGUGCAUUCACGCUGUUUGUGGUUGCGAUCUUUUGGCUCACAGAAGCUCUGCCAUUGGCUGUUUCAGCUUUACUUCCUGCCUUAAUGUUCCCAAUGUUUGGUAUUAUGGCAUCCAAGGAGGUGGCAUCUGCUUAUUUCAAAGAUUUUCAUUUGCUAUUAAUUGGAAUAAUUUGUUUGGCCACAUCAAUAGAAAAAUGGAAUUUGCACAAGAGAAUUGCUUUGAAAAUGGUAAUGAUGGUGGGUGUGAACCCUGCAUGGCUUACGCUGGGUUUCAUGAUUAGCUGUGGCUUCUUGUCUAUGUGGCUUAGCAACACCUCUACUGCUGCUAUGGUGAUGCCAAUUGUAGAGGCUGUAGCUCAGCAGAUCAUGGGUGCUGAAGCAGAAGUCGAUGGCUUCGAGAUGAAUUAUGCUACUGGAGCCACCAAUGAGGCAUUGGAACUUGAUGAAAGUGUUAGUGAAUGUGAAGCUAGUGACUGGAAAGAGAAAACAAAAGAAGUUCAUGGAUACAACAAUGGUGAGGGUCACACUGUGUGCAGGAUUGAAAAGGAAAAGAAUCUGUCCCCAGCUGAGACAGGAAGGAAAUACAGAAAUCAGAAAGACCAGAUGAUGUGCAAAGUGAUGUGCUUGUGUAUUGCUUAUUCUUCUACCAUUGGAGGGCUGACUACAAUCACAGGAACAUCAACAAAUUUGAUUUUUGCUGAGCAGUUCAAUACACGCUACCCAGAUUGCCAGUGCAUCAAUUUUGGGUCCUGGUUUAUACUUUGCAUCCCCAUCACUAUUAUCAUUAUGUUGCUCUCCUGGGUCUGGCUCCAAUGGCUUUUCCUUGGUUUCAAUUUCAAAGAAAUGUUCCGAUGUGGCAAGGAAAAAACAGCCAGAGAACAGGCCUCAGCACAGGUGAUUAAAGAGGAGUACACAAAGCUUGGGCCAAUAAGCUACCCAGAAAUCAUUACCCUUGUCCUGUUCAUUUUAAUGGCCCUCUUGUGGUUUACCAGAGAACCUGGAUUCAUCCCUGGAUGGUUUUCUCUUUUUCCUCAAUACCCAGGUUUUGCUACAGAUUCAACAGCUGCCUUAAUAAUUGGCCUCCUCUUCUUCAUUAUUCCAGCAAAAACUUUGACUAGGACUUCAAAUGGAGAAAACACUGUUUUUGAUUACACUCCGCUGAUUACUUGGAAGGAAUUUCAGUCAUGCAUGCCCUGGGAGAUAAUGAUUCUUGUUGGUGGAGGUUUUGCACUGGCAGAGGGCUGUGAGGUUUCAAAACUAUCAGCUUGGAUAGGAAGCAAAUUAACCCCUCUGGGAUCAUUACCAAUGUGGUUGAUCAUCCUAAUAUCGUGUCUGAUUGUCACCUCAGUAACAGAAGUGGCCAGCAAUCCCGCUACCAUCACUGUAUUCUUUCCUAUAUUAGCACCUUUGGCUGAAGCAAUUCAUGUGAAUCCACUUUAUAUUUUGAUACCUGCUACACUGUGUACUUCAUUUGCAUUCCUGCUUCCCGUAGCAAAUCCACCCAAUGCCAUUGUAUUUUCAUAUGGUCAUUUGAACGUUAUUGAAAUGGUGAAGGCUGGCAUCGGUGUUAAUAUCAUCAGCGUUGCUGUAGUUAUGCUUGCAGUCACAACAUGGGCAGUGCCCCUGUUUGAUCUUCAAACAUAUCCAAGUUGGGCACCAGAUCUUUCCACUGUGAAUAACACAGGGCCGUAAAAACUAUCUGGCAAGGUUUUUGUGGGGUUUUUUACUAUUAUUUGGUGAGUUAGUAGAAAUGCAAAAUACACCACAAUAAUGAUAGUGAUCUAUAUUUCCCAAUCCCAGGGACUGAUGAUCUGCUGAUCCUAAUCAGGAAUAAUGUUAUCCAAAUAUGGACCUUGCAAACACCGUCAAGCUUCAAUGUGUUUCUUAUCUAGGUCAUCUUAUUCAGAUUUUACUUGUACAUGUUGUCAAGUACCAUCUGUAAAUGUGCACAUUCUUUAUGAAUGCCAAUUUGGCCCUGUUCUUAGGGUCAUAAAAUAACAGGAGCUAUCUAUUUUAAAUGUUGUAGGAACAUUUGCUGCUGGUCUGUAGAACACACUGUAUUUUUUUUUCCAAGUCAUAAAAUUUUUGAUGAUGAUGAUUACAAAUGAAAGGUCAGGUUGGGGAUUGUCUGAACAAUCCAUUCACGGCCCUAUCCAUAAAUCUGAUCUUGUAGGAAAAGUACAACCUGUGGAGAGCUGCCUGGGCAUUUAUACUACCGCUUUUCUGUCAAUGUUUCUCUGGCCGUCCCCUCACUAUCUGCAAGGAGAAUCAUUCAGAUCCCAGUUCUGGAAAGCAAUUAAACAUUUAUUUAAAUCUAUCCCUAUCCGGGACUGCACUUAAGACAGGGGUUCUCACAACAAAUUUUUUGGUGGCCUCAGAGUGCGACUGGUGGCUGC